ACCCUAACACACUCUCUCUCUCUCAGAAUUCCACCACCAACAACACUCCACUCAGAAACAACUCACUCACAUUCAUUCUUUGCUUGCUCCUUUUAUAUCACGAGAUCCCCAUCCCUUUCUUUCUUUCUUCUCCUCUCUCUCUCCUCUCUCUCUCUCUUUCGCUCAUGUCUUCUCCUCCAGAACUUCCCAAUUAUCGCUCUUCCACGACCACUGUCACCACCACUCAUUGCUAACACUAAACCCCCAGAGAGAGGAGAGGCUUCUUCUUUCUUCUUCUUCUUCCUUUUCAUCCCAAGCUUCAAUUUUGAGCCCACCCUUUUGCUCCCGAACGAUGUCGCAUUCCUCCGGCUUGGACGACUUCGCGGAUCGAUUCCGCCAUGCGCUCAGCUGCAACAACGAUGCCGGCAACAUUAACAAGCCUGACUUCCGAGAACUCGAUCUGGGCUCCCCGGUGUCGCCAUUGCGCACCACGCGCGCCCCCGCGGCGAGUACCAGCUCAAGCUCGUCUGGGUCCUUCUCGGGUCGAACAGGGACCAACCAGAUUCCCCGAAAGCCUGAUUCUUCGCUCACCAAUAGUAACACUAACAACACCAGUAGUAGCAACCACAACAACAACAACUCCGGCGAGCUUUCUGGUUCGAGUGAGAACAGUCCCACCGCCCGUGGUUUCAAACCGGGUCAUACGAGAUCCGACUCUGGAUCCACGCCAGCGCCGCUGAUAUACUCCGGCCAGACUGCUACUUCGCCUGCGUUGAAUGUUCUCCCCACUGGGAACAUCUGCCCCUCCGGGAAGAUCUUGAAGACUGGGAUGGGGAUGGUGGCGAAUCGGAGUAGUAGAAGCGAUGUUUUGGGGUCCGGCAUGGGGAACUACGGCCACGGGAGCAUAAUGCGCGGCGGCGGGAAGGCGGAGCCGGUUAGCUCACGCGGCGGUGGCGGCAAUGAGGCAGUGAAGAGAGGUGGGCACGUGCAGGGUGUGGAUCCGGAGGAGUUGAAGAGAUUGGGGAAUGAGUGUUAUAAAAGAGGGAACUUUGCUGAUGCGUUGAGUCUUUACGAUCGCGCUAUUGCGAUGUCGCCGGCUAGUGCCGCUUACCGGAGCAACCGCGCGGCGGCGCUGACAGGGCUGGGACGUCUGGGUGAGGCCGUGAGGGAAUGCGAGGAGGCUGUGAGAUUGGAUCCUAAUUAUGGAAGGGCUCAUCAGCGUUUGGCUUCUCUAUUCCUCAGGUUAGGACAGGUCGAGAAUGCUAGGAAGCACCUUUGCUACCCUGGGAUGCAGCCAGAUCCGUCUGAGAUGCAGAGGUUGCAAGUGGUGGAAAAGCAUAUAAGCAAAUGCGGGGAUGUGAGGAGGAUAGGGGAUUGGAAGAGUGUUCUGAGGGAGGUGGAUGCUGCUGUUGCUGCUGGAGCGGAUUCUUCUCCUCAGCUCUUUAUGUGUAGAGCAGAAGCGUUUUUGAAGCUCCACCAGAUUGAUGAUGCAGAAACAGUUUUGUCCCAUAUACCGAAAUCAGAGUUGCACAUCAGUUCCACUUCUCAGACAAGAUUUUUCGGGAUGCUUUCUGAGGCGUAUUUCUAUUUUGUGAGAGCACAGAUUGAGAUGGCAUUGGGAAGGUUCGAGAACGCCGUUACAGCUGCUGAGAAAGCCAGUCAGAUUGAUCCACGGAGUGUUGAAGUUGCUGUUUCGCUGAACAAUGUGAGGAUGGUGGCAAGGGCUCGAGUGCGUGGCAAUGAUCUCUUUAAAUCUGAAAGGUACACCGAAGCUUGCUCGGCGUACGGAGAAGGUCUGAGACUGGACCCUUCCAAUUCUGUGCUAUAUUGCAACAGAGCAGCUUGUUGGUUUAAGCUUGGCCACUGGGAAAGAUCAAUUGAAGACUCCAACCAAGCUUUGCACAUCCAACCAAAUUACACCAAGGCCCUUCUUCGAAGGGCUGCAUCAAACAACAAGCUAGAACGGUGGGAGGAAGCCGUCAAAGAUUAUGAGGUCUUGAGGAGAGAACUUCCAAACGAUAACGAAGUUGCUGAAUCUCUUUUCCAUGCACAAGUUGCCCUGAAGAAAUCACGUGGGGAAGAAGUAUAUAAUCUAAAAUUUGGUGGCGAAGUGGAAGAAAUAUCAGGUCUGGAGCAGUUUAGAGCUGCAAUAUCUUUACCAGGUGUAUGUCUUGUCCAUUUUGAAGUUGCAUCUAACUCGCAAUGCAAACAGAUAUCACCGUUUGUCGAUACACUAUGCGGUCGAUAUCCAUCCAUUAACUUCCUCAAGGUGGACAUUGAAGAAAGCCGAGCAGUUGCAACUGCGGAGAACGUUAGAAUUGUACCAACCUUCAAGAUAUACAAAAAUGGGAGCCGAGUGAAGGAAAUCGUUUGCCCAAGUCGUGAGAUGUUGGAACACUCGGUGAGGCAUUACAGCUUUUAGAAGUGAUGGGCGGUGAUGCUUCUCCGUUGUCUUGUUCUGCAGAUGUUGUUGUUGUUGUCGUCUCCUCCACCCCUCCUCCACCCCCCAUAAUACCUGUGACAUAGUGAAAACCAGAUAAUAAUCUCUUUAGCAGCAGCCAAUGCCAUUGGAUCCCAGAGAUAGUGUAGUCCCUUUUGGAGUUUUUAUUUAUUCAUUCAUUCCUCAUUGCUCUUUGCUUC